AUGGACAAUGAGGCUGGUCCUCCGACUGAGGAACCAGUAACGGCUGCGGUUCAAUCCGAGUCGGACUCCGCUUUAGAAGCUUGGUGGGAUUCGUUUUUGAAGCAAAAGCGAGCGGAGGAUGCGUUGGAUGCAGAGCUUCGUUCUACAUGGGAAAAUUGCAGCCAACGGCGCCUAAAGUUUGCGCGGGAAGUGAAGCAAAUGGCCGAACUUUAUCAACCGAUAGAGAAGCUUAUCCAGACUGUGCUCGAAUCUGACAAGGCACAUCGUGGAGAUAAUCUCUAUCGAGAGUGGGCGCCGGAAAAAUCGGCCCACAGCUUCAUUACCAAGUUAAAGAGUGUGUUGUCUCCAGAGGAACUAAAUUUGAUUUUAUCCCAGACAACAGAGGGCGAACAGAUGCGAUAUUUCUACCGCCAUUGGUGUCUUAAGGAAGCCUACCUGAAGGCAGUUGGUUGUGGUAUACGUCUCCCUCUUAGUACCGUGCAAUGCACCUUAUGCCCUUCGGGCGAACCCUCCGUUUCCUGCAGCUUUGAUGACUUCGCAUCAGGCUAUUGGAAGUUUGAGGAGCAUUCACUCCCUGGUGGCCACCUCGCCGCAACUGCUUGGUUCAGACCGACGCCGCACACGCCUUUUAACGAGGCGCCUUGUUUCACGGAAGUCGAUUUUACCGGUCUGAUCGAGGGUUUAACCCGAUUCACGGAUGCUCCCGAAGAAGCCUGGUUGGCGUUCAGUAGCAAACCUCGUGAACCACCGUCUACUCGCCGGGUGCUUUUUGCUGAUGAAUGAACUCCCAAGAUUUCCCACUCUCAGAACUCCCCAGAAUUACUCACGUAUCCUACACUUUACCAUGAGAAACUUGUAUACUCUCAUUGGUCUAUGCGCCUAUCCCUGAUUAGACCCCGCUUUUGUUGGGGUUUCCGUCAUUUUGUAUAUAGCUGUUGUGUAUUACUGUCUCUCUCGACGAAACAUCAGCCGAAUUAGAGAGACGUUCUUGACACGGAAAGAAAGGUGGGGUGGAUCGUCGUCAUUGAUUGUGACAGAUAACGCUUGAAAUAAUUUAUAGCAUUUCAUAAUAUAUUUAUCAUACACGAUGUAGUAAAUCCUGGUCUACGCCGCACAUCCAACCUGUCAUCACUUCCACACGUUCGACUGUCUUGGGCGACAAUUCUGAACUAGGGGGAGGGUUCGAUGGUCCAGGGGAGAAUGACAGUCUUCGACUUCGAGACACCAACUACUGUGUUACCGAACGGUAGUCCGAUUACUCUCAAUGAU